GUACACCUGCACUCGUCGACAAAAACACUAGAAGAAUUCUUGUCUAUCGAUCUUCUGCCGAAUGAAGUUGGCGGGAAAGCCGGCUCGAUAGUUGAAAUGCAAGAGGCGCGAAUAAAAGAAAUCGACGAUAAACGAGAGUGGUUCCUCGAAGAAAUGAAAUAUGGCAAAGUGGACGAGUCACUCCGUAUUGGGAAAAGUAAUAUUGCCAAUGACCUGAAUUCAACAAUGGCGUUGAAAGGUGUUACGUACGAGGAAGAGUUGAAGAAGAAUCCAGAUUUGAAAGAGGACGAUAUGCAAAUGUUGAGAGAUUGGUACAAAAAGCAGCCACACCUACCGCCAAUAACAGACGCUGAAUUGGCCUUGUUUUUACACAGCAAUUAUUAUCGGAUGGAAGCGACAAAAACGACCAUCGAUUCGUAUUUCACUGUGAGGACUCACGUCCCCGAAUUCUUUUCCAACAGGGAUCCCCUGGGAUCGAAGGAAUUGAGAAAAUCUUUCCAGACUGUGACAGUUCAAGUUUUGGAGAAGAAAACGCCAGAGGGUUACGCGAUUCUCUAUGGGAAAUUGAUCGACGGUGAACCCUCGAAUUACGUUUAUAACGAUGGGAUGAAAUACUUGAGCAUGGUGCUUGAUCUGUGGCUUCACAGCGAAGGCACGUCAGAGGGACACAUCAUUUUAUUCGACAUGAAGAACGUUGUGUUUGGCCAUUGUGCCCGAUUGAGCCCGAUGGGAUUGAAGAAGUAUCUGCUUUACUUGCAAGAGGCACUGCCAGUUCGUUUGAAAGGAUUUCAUUUCAUGAAUAUCACGAGCGUGAUGGACGUGAUACUGAAUAUGAUGAAACCAUUCAUGAAGAAGGAAUUAUUGGACAUGCUUCACACGCACACAAAUUUGGACACGCUGUCGAAAUUCAUACCGACAGACAUACUACCGAACGAAGCUGGUGGCAAAGCUGGCCCUCUGUUGCAACUGCACGAAAAAUCGAUCAAGGUGCUGGAGGAAAAUCGCGACUGGUUUCUCGAGGAAGAACGAACGAGGCGCGUGAACGAAUCCGCGAGACCAGGUAAAGGGAAAACAGCGACCGAUCUGUUUGGCGUUGAAGGAACAUCGCAAUCGUUCUGAUUAGCCCCUGCCUGGGGGACGUAUCGCAUCUUUUGUCAGAAUAUUCUACGACGACUACAACCACUUCACCACCGGCUCCGAGGCCCUACAGAUUUCGAUACCAAGCAGGACGAUAUCCUGGGAACGUAGAUCGUGUUCAUCAAGAAGUCGGAGAUGGCAGUGGACGCGUCCAAGGUUCUUACUCCUUCGUGGACCCGAAGCACAAAGUACGAACAGUGGAAUACGCAGCCGAUGAGACUGGAUUUCACGCGUCCCUAAUAAAUUACGAAGACACGAUUGCUCAACCUAUCGAUUCCGAGGCUGUGAGGCUCGCGAAGGAACGACAUUUCCGAUUGUACCAGAAAAUCGCCGAGGCAAAUUCUCACGGGGUUCCGGCCAAUCUGCCACGGGAUUCCGCGAGCGUGGGGAGAGCGAAGGACAAGCAUGUUCAACUGUACCAGAAGAUAGCCGAGGAACACGCAGCAAUAGCAAAUCAAAGAGAGGCAGAACGAUUAGCUUACGAGGCUACUUCUGCAGCGAACGACGUAAAUCCUGACCACGUGUAUUAAUUAUAUUUGUCAUUGGACUGUGGAUUCUUAUACACUUAUGUAAAAAUGCAUAAAACAAUGUAAAAUUUGAUUAAUUAUCCAAGAAUAUUUUUAAAAUAUAUACAUACAUUUACAGUGGAUGAAAUAAAUUAAUUCCACGUUAAAUAAAUUGCAACUGAAAUAAAUUGAAAUUAAAUAAAGUAUAAAUUAAAAUUGUAAGGAAUUAUGAUUGAAUAAAAAUAAUAAUACUCAAUGCUCAAAAAAGUUACAAUCAGCAAUUUGAUAAUUUUUUCAUAUUCAUUGCAAUUUGUGUGUCUUUUAUAGGAUACAACAAAGAUUAUACUACCGUUGUAGUAUUAGUUUUUGACUUCGUUAACUGAAUGCAAUAAAUAAUUUUAAAUGUGUACUUACCUGUGCCUUCGCAACAAUAAAUGAAACAUUAACCAAGUACAUUAGCAAAGUCGAAAUGAUGUUUACAAAUCAUGGUCCUUUGAGAUGAUUUCAGCAAUCAGUUAACAAUCUGCAAAAGGAUACCACAUGUUUAAUUUAGUUCAUGUAUAAAACUGAAAUCAAAAAUAUUAAAAUCAUGCUGUAACUAAGCUCAAAAAUUCAUAGCAGAAGCUAGUAAUAUAAAGGAUUCGAAAAUCAAAAAAAAAGCUUGAUAAGUUAUUUAAUAUCAUUAUGAUAGUAUGUAAUAGAGAACUAAAUGAGAACGCAAUACUUGAACGAACCGAUUAAUGGUAAUCUGUAAAAUAAUAAAAACACAACACAAUAACAAAAAUUAUACACAUCAAAUGAAUCAAUAUCUUGACGCCA